AGCUCGGUUUCAAUGGCUACUACUCGAUGCUUUCUUCCUCAACGCGAGAAAACGAGAAAUUCAAGGAGGCAGAAAGUCAAAUAUUCAAAGAACGAACUCACUCAAGACCCUCCAUGUUUUUAAUUCAUUCCCUGAAAAGCAAAGCUUCCAGAAUGGACGGGCUUAAGAAGGAGCCUUUUGACGACAGCCUGCUCGAGAACCCAUUUGAGUGCAACCACUGUGACAUUUCAUUCAAGCGACCCAGCGAUCUUCAACGACAUGUACUGAGUCAUUCCAGUAAGAAACCUUUCGAGUGCGAGAAGCGCGACGAAAAGAUUGCUAUUAGUCAGGAAAGCAUUGAAAAGCCAUUGGAGUGCACUUGCUGUUUGAAGUCAUUUAGUCGACCUGAGGAACUCCAACGUCAUUUGAUGGUUCACGAUGACAAGAUGUCUCCUUACCAGUGUAAAGAUCAUGACUCCACCCGCGAUAGACGGAUCAACGACGAGAGUAAAACCCGCGAAAAGCCAUUACAGUGCACUUGUUGCAUGAUGCUAUUUACCCGGCCGGGAGACCUUGAGCGUCAUUAUUCACUAAUUCACGCAGAUGACAAGCCUUACCAGUGUGAACCAAAGGAAACAAAGAGUACCCUAUACUCUGAAGAAAACAAUGGAGAGAAGCCAUUCAAAUGCAGCCACUGCGUCAUGUCAUUCACCCGCCCAAGUGACCUCCAACGUCAUUCGCUGAUCCACAGUAGCAACAAACCAUACAAGUGCGAGAAAUGUGAUCGCGAGUUUACUUGGUUCGGCAACUUUCAAAAACAUAUCCUCUCGCAUAUGAACGAGAAUUCUCAUUCUUCCGGUUCGUUCUCCAGCAUGUUUACCUUGCUCGCUCGUGAACAAGUCAAAGAAUUAUUCAUCAAGGAGGGAGAAAAGUACAAAUGUAGACUGUGCAGCAAAAAUUUUACGCGACUGAGUGGGCUCAAGACACACAUUCGAAUGCAUACAGGAGAACGUCCAUACGUCUGUGAGGUUUGCUCGUUUGCUUUCACGACUUCCCGCGCUCUCAAGAUGCACACGAGACUACAUACCGGAGAAAAGCCAUACAAGUGCGAAGUAUGUGACCGAGCAUUCACUAGACGGGACGAGAUGCACACCCACAUGUACAUACACAAAGGUGAGAAGCCAUUUAAGUGCACCCAAUGUUCCUCUUCAUUUAUUCGCUAUGGCCAUCUUCAACGUCACCUACUCAUCCACAGUGAAGACAAACCUUACAAGUGUAAGCUCUGCCCGAAGUCCUUCACCCAGUAUCGUAAUCUACAAACACAUACCUACAAGCACACAGGCGAACGGCCCUACAGAUGUAAGUUCUGCCCGAAAGGCUUCACUCAGUACGGUACCCUUCAAGCCCACGAGAGGACGCAUACCGGAGAAAAGCCAUUCAGGUGCCAGCUUUGUGAAAAAGCCUUUAUUACGUCAUCACAUCUCCGAUGGCAUAUGAAAACGCAGCACCCCAAGAAAAACGCAGAGUAAGCCGGCUUUAACUACCGUAUUACUAAAAUGAACUCAUUCAAGUUUUUUAUGUUAAUUCCGCCGAGAUUACUUCCGGUCGUUUUUAUUUCCGGUUAUGGAUUUGCCGUAAAAGAGUUAUUGUCCUUUCUUUUUGA